AGCUGACAUAGAUACUGAACAACCACUGCCCGCACUGUUUAUAUAUUUACAACAAAAGUAAAAAUAUAACCGGACAUGGAAAACGCCUCACAAACCGACGAACCUCUUCCAAGAUGGCUCCGAGGUCGGCCGCGCUGCGCAUGCGCAGACACCGUCGUGCGCAGGUUUGCGCCAAGUGUGCGGAGGAUGUGGCGAGUGUCGCUGGACGCGCAGAGCUGCUCCAUCACAACAACUACCAUCGCCGUUAUUAUCUCCGACGCUUUCACAGUCUGAACGGCUUCGGUCUCACAGCUUCGGUCUGUUCCCCGGGAGCUUCUCGGUGCCGCAGAGGUUUCGUGUCCCCGCGCCAUGGAAGAGGGCGGUCUGGCGUCUUUGUCCCGCGUCUUUGCGAGCUGCCAUCGCGGGCAGGAGGAACAGGCAACACGCAGGCUAGGCCUCAGCUAGGCCCCUCACCGCUUUUCUCUUCGUUUCUCCUGCUCGCUGACACCGGUGCCGUUUUUUGUUGUUGCUCUGGAAAAUACGCGUCCGCUUGACUUUGAAAUUGCUCCUUUUGAAAAUACGCGGUUGAUUUUUUUGGUUGUUUCAUUUUGGAUGGUGAAAGACUGUUAGCUCUCCACCUAACUGGCUAAACGGUUGCCUAGCACAACACUGGCAUCGACGCGACUUUAGAGGAUUAUCUCUGUUCAUAACGACCCGCGAUGAGCGGUCACCGGUCCAACACCUUUCUCUGAGAGGAAGGCUCUUCUCGGGCUGAAAGAUUUGGACGUUAUUGGUUUGGAAAGGUUACGGGCAAAGCUCCGCAGCUAAGCGGACUGAACUGACUGCUAACACUCGGCAGUGUGAAUGUGGGGUAAAAUGGAGACCCCGACGAUUGUGUACGAUCUGGAUACCUCCGGUGGUCUGAUGGAGCAAAUUCAAACUUUGCUCGCACCCCCGAAGUCGGAGGAUGGAGAGAAGAGUAGGAGAAAACUGGACCGCAGCACCAGGAGAACGGGCCGAGCGACCAACCACGACACCUGCGACAGCUGCCGUGAAGGGGGGGACCUCCUGUGCUGUGACCACUGCCCCGCCGCCUUCCACCUGCAGUGCUGUAACCCACCGCUUAGCAGGGAAAUGCUGCCCCCUGGUGACUGGAUGUGCCAUCGCUGUACAGUUCGUAAGAAGAAACGAGAACAGAAGAAAGAGCAGAUCAACGGCCUCAUGCUGGCGAAGCAGGCGCCGUCCCCGGCCACCGAGCUGGACCUGGGGACCCUCCGGCUGGACCCCGCCGUGGCCGUGGGAGGCACGGGCCUCCGUGCGGCCGUGGCCCAGGUCCGGCUCCUAGAACGGCGGCCCAGCAGCCGGCCGGCCACCCCCACCUCCAACGCUUCCUCGACGGACACGCCCACGCUCUCAGAGCAGAACGACAUGGAGGAGGACCUGCUUGACGUGGAGGACGAGGCCCAGGGCUCGGAGCCCGAGAGUGCAGGCGCGCCUGCCACCCUAAAAAGGCCCUUCGACCUGCUGAUCGCCGCCGCCAUGCAGAGGAACCCCACGCAGUUCCAGCUCCCCAACGACCUCACCUGCACUACCGCACUUCCAGGAACCAGCAAGAAGAGGAGGAAAGAAGAGAUGACUGGGAAGAAUGUCAAACGGCCUCAGCACGAGCUGGACCACUACGGGCUGGUCCCACUGCCCGUCAAAGUGUGUUACGCCUGCAGCAGGAGCUGCAGGAUGGCGCCGCUGAUCCAGUGCGAUUACUGCCCGCUGCUGUUCCACAUGGACUGCCUGGACCCGCCGCUCACUGCCAUGCCCGCGGGCCGGUGGAUGUGCCCCAAUCACAUUGAACACUUGGUGCUGAAUCAGAGAAGCCUGACACUGAGCAACCGCUGCCAGCUGUUUGACCAGUUUCAGGACCGCAUAUCCCAGCAUGCCGUCAAAGUGGACUUCCUGCAGCGAAUACACCGGCAGCACCCGCCUACACGGCGAGCAUUGCACAGUCGUAGCAAGAAAGCCUUGAAGGUCCCAGACGCCAUCAAAUCGCAGUACCAGAACCCACCUGUGAUGAUCCCCCCUGCCAGAAUCCGGGACGGCGAGCUAAUCUGCUCAGGCGUUCUGGACGCUUCUGCCACUCAGCAUUAUACCAGCGCCGAUGAGCAGCACCAGUGGCUCCGAGAUGUGGUCUCGCUGCAGUGCAGCAUCAUGAGGCACCUGUCUGCCAGGCAGUGGGAGUCUGCGCAGGCAGAGAGAGCGGAAGUGAAGCCCAGCGCGGCCUCGGACGAGCCCGGCCCUCGCUGCCUUACGUGCGGCAAGCCGGAGGUCAGCGUCAACUCCGUUGAGGGGCACGCGGCCUGCACGGACAGGACUUGCCGGAGCUGCGGGACCGCCAACGGCCCAAUGGUGAAAUCGGCCCACGCCAACGGUGGACAGGUCUGCCCUGCUGCCUUGGAUGACCCCCAGCACAGGCUAGGCGAGCUCCCCGGACUCAGCCCUGACGCGCCCCGCCCACACGUGACGCCCGCGUCCCCUGAACUGGCCAAUCACACCAGCCCUGCGCUCGUUAAGACUGAGGACCCGACUUUGAAGUCCUGUCCCACCUCAGAGCCCUUGGUCUCUGUGUGUGUUAAAUCUGAACCCAGCCCCCCUCCAGCUCACGGUCUAAGGACUUCCCCGAGCUCACAGGGGGGGCAAAUGUCUCUGAUGGGUAAACGGUUGACAUCGUCUCACGCCUCUGAGACACUCGCCAUGACAUCUCCACAAGUGGCCCCGGACAGUAGUAUCAGCUGCCAGUUAUCUUCAGCACUCUCCACUGAUGGAAAGUUUAACAGCGACACGGCAGCACAGAGUGCCGGCUCGGAGCUAUUAAACUUGGGAGACCUCGCCAACUGCCUGAAGGCUAUGAUGAAGGGGUCUGGAGAGAUCGAGCUCAACGCCCUGGACGAGAGGUUCGUCAAGCUCCUGGCCUGGCAGCGGAUCCAGCAGCUGUUUGAGCCCAAAGCUCCUCCCGCUCCCAGCGGUGCGGCAUCAUCUCCUGCUGCUGCCUCCUUUGUGCGCCAGAGCCAGCGUAUGGCAGCACAAAACAAGGACGUCCAGGCCAGAGCUACGUUUUAUCCCCUGUCUGGGAAAGGGGCAGCAGUCAGCAUGUCGUACAGAAGCCUUUACAUCGGAACUGGUGCUGACAUGGACGUGUGCCUUACCAAUUACGGCCAUUGCAAUUACGUAUCGGGAAAACACGCUUGCAUCUUUUACGACGAGAACACGAAACAGUACGAGCUGCUGAACUACAGCGAGCAUGGCACGACGGUGGACAACGUGCUGUACUCGUGCGACUUCUCCGAGAAGACAGGGCCACGCCCAUCCAGCAGCCUGGUGACCAAAGUGCAGAAUAUUAUUCGCCGCUGUAAGAAGCGGAAGCAGCCGGACGAGGGCAGCGUCCUUCCCCGGGGCGGCGUGAUGAGCAGCCAGGCCGACGAACCGCCCGCCGGCCCCUGCGGCUGCAAGGCCAGCGGCUCGAGCCUGAUCGGGGGCAGCGGAGCCGGCUGGGAAGGCACGGCUCUCCUCCACCACGGCAGCUGCGUCAAGCUGGGCUGCCUCCAGUUCAUCUUCAGCGUCACAGAGUUCGCCAGCAGGCAGCCCAAAGAGGAAGAGGCCGCCGGCGCCGUGGGCUGCAGCCACGUACCCGUGCCCGGCCAGCAGGGGGAGCCGCUGGCCAAGACCAUCUCCCAGAUCCACCAAGUGCCACUGCUGCACUACAACCCCAUUCCUUAGCCCCCUCCAACUCCUAACCCGCCUCCCAGAGCUCAGACUUGUACAAAAUGUACGCUUGUUUUGUAAUUAUUUAAUUGUUCAUACAUUUGCAUGAGGUGAAGUAUUUGGUUGUUUUUUCCCCCUCUCUACGGAGGAUCUGAUUUUGUGGGCAAGUUGCACAUAGAACCUUUUCUUUGUGUAUGUAAAUGCAAAAAGUUGAGUUCCUCGAGUUUGCAUUUUUAAAAGGGAAUUUGGGGCGUUCUUGAUAUUCUGAGAACCAAUGCGGAGGCAAGAAGUUUCCACUUGUAAAGAAAGCAGAACACGUUCUAUUUUGUGCCAGUACCGAUAGUUUUUAUAUAAACAUGCUUUUUUUUUCCCAUAAAAUUAAAACUUUUUAUUUACUCAUUUUUAUUUAAUGUGUACUGUAUUUGGAGUAUAGUAACGUUCCGGUGUUCCUUCUCGCUACCUUGACAGUAGCCUCCCUCUGUUUGGAUGCGUCCACGUUGUAUAUAUGUCUAUGUAUCUGUCCAUGUACCUGUGUGAAUAUACAAAUAUCCACACAUCAGAUCGAUAUGAAAGGAAUCCGUUGUUCAAACCCCAGAGAGGGAAGUGCUGGGUUCCGUGUGUGUAUAUAUACACCAUUUUGGCUUUUAUAUUUGAUGUUCUGUAGCUAUCAAAGUGUUACGUCCUCCUUUUCUCCGAUACUGUAGUCAUUAUGUAUAUGUCUGUUUCAAAGAGAUUUCAUCAGAACAGUUUCAUGUACCCUGUAAUUACAAUUUUGACCAGUUUCCUGUCUGUCAAACAAUGUAAAUAUCUACAGAUUUUAAAUAACAUGCUUUAGAAACACUGA